AUAUAUAAAGCCUGCCGACAGAUUGUUACUUAGCCCACAAUGUUAAGACUGGCGACUUUUGCAAGCUACAAAAACGAGAAAAAUGUAUUUCUCUGCAAAUUGUCGAAGGCCGGUUUUGCUUAUCAAGGAUAUGACGAUGCUCUGCAAUGUGAAAGUUGCGGGUUCAAAUCCAACAGUUGGACGGAUGUGGGCGACUUGUUCGUGCAACAUGCAGAGCAUGCUCCAAAGUGCCAGUUCGUGCAGCAGAAUCGCAAAAAUGCACCAGGCGUAGAUUCACUAAAUAAUUGCAAACGAGAAGCAAUAUCAAAAGAUGCAAACGCGGCCGGGACUUCUUCGACUGAUGUUUGCCCAAAAAUGACUCUUUCUCCAAAAAGUGGUAAUGGAAAUCAGAAACCACGUGCAUCGAACAAUGUGUCAAAUCGAGCAUCAGCAAAAUCUGUUUUUCAAGAUUUAGGGAUUUAUAUUGACAGCAAUCGUGCAAAGUUCCCGUCCUAUGCUGUUUUAGUUAACAGAGUGCAAAGUUUCACUUCAGCAAAUGCUGUAUUUCACAAACCACCCUCCGAAAUGGCAAUGGCAGGAUUCUUUUACAAAGGGUAUUCUGAUUGCGUCUGCUGCUUCAGUUGCGGAGGGAAUUUGUCAGAAUGGCGUCCUAAUGAUGAUCCAUGGGUAGAGCAUGCGUACUGGUUUCCGGAAUGUACGUUUGUUAUCCAAAACAAAGGCGAGGAAUUUGUGCAGCAGAUCCAACUUCUCAAAAAAGCUGAUGAUGAGCAGAAGGAAAUUACUACAGGCCAAAACGUAUGCAAUGGGUUAGAUGAGAUAGAUUCGAUAGCAUUGUGCAGUGUUCUGGAGAUGGGCUACACGCAAGAACAGGCACGUGCAGCGUUUGAUUGUUUGAGAGCGCAAAAACCUACUUGUUAUCUAAUAAGGGCGGAGGACUUAGUGGAUACCAUCCUCCUACAGGAAGAUUCAACAUCUACAGUGUCAUCUGAUGGUGUACCUCCCGGUCAAGGUCGAAUAGAGUCCUUGACCGAGAACCAGUUUAGCUCUUUGGAGUCACUCGACCGUGAACUUAACCAGACAGAUUUAUCAGAUUUACAAAGUGUGCAAAAAGAAUAUCAAGAACUGCAAGACUUGACAAUUUGCAAAGUUUGUAUGGCAGAAAAAGUUAGCAUUGUAUUUCUUCCUUGCGGUCAUAUUGUCACGUGUGCAGAAUGUGCACCAGCUAUGCGCAAUUGUCCCAUAUGCCGAAAGCUGGUAAAAGGAACUGUCAGGGCAUUUAUGUCUUAAAAAUUGAUGUUUUCAAAGAACAUAUAAAGACUGCCAUGUUUAUAGCGUUCAGAUUUUUUUCUUACAAUAUUACGCUGGGCGGAUAUAUAUGUAUAUAAUGUUGGUGUUUUUUUUUACAUUUAUAAGGAAUAUGCAUAAUAAAAAAGGCAGCUUGAAGUACUUGGCAAUUUUGAUUUAAAUUAAUUUAACCUGCAUAGUUACAUAUCACCCGUACGGCAGCUAAAUACUUGUGAUUAUAACACGAUUAUAAUAUAUGAUAUACAUAAUAUAUACGUUAUGAUAAAAGUAUGUUAUUUAAUAUAGUUUGGUAUCUGUUUUACGUAGCUCUAUGUGAAUAAAUUUUACAUCAAUUGA